CCUAUCGGGUAGUCAAGAGUAGAUGAUAGUUGAUAUCGUGGAUCAGGAUGCGGACUGGCUGCGGAAUGGCUCUGUCCAGGGGACUGAGGUGCUGCCAGCGAGUGCUAGCCUGGGUGCCCGUUGUCAUCAUAUCCCUGAUUGUACUUUGGUCGUAUUACGCCUAUGUGUGUGAGCUUUGCCUAGUGACUAUAGAACAUUCUUUAGAAAGAGCUUUAUACCUAUUCAUGUUUCAUAUAGUCUUUUUACUCUUUGUUUGGACGUACUGGAAAGCAAUUUUUACUCCUGCCAAAGAGCCAACAAAAAAGUUUUUGCUGCCUUAUGCUGAAAAGGAGCGAUAUGACAAUGAGGAGCGCCCAGAGAUUCAGAGGCAAAUCCUUGCUGAAUUUGCAAAGACGCUACCAGUUUACACCCGGACAGCAAAUGGAGCCAUUCGUUUUUGUGAUCGGUGCCAGGUAGUGAAGCCCGAUCGCUGCCAUCACUGCUCUGUCUGUGGGAUGUGUGUCUUGAAAAUGGACCAUCAUUGCCCAUGGGUGAACAACUGUAUUGGAUUUUCUAACUAUAAAUUCUUCUUGCUGUUCCUGGCAUAUUCCAUGUUGUACUGUUUCUAUAUCGCUUCCACAGCUUUUAAGUACUUCCUUCUUUACUGGUCGGGUGAUCUAACAAAUAAUCGUGCAAAAUUCCAUGUCCUUUUCCUGCUUUUUGUUGCUCUGAUGUUUUUCUUGAGCCUAGUGUUUCUCUUUGGAUAUCAUUGCUGGUUAGUGGGUCUAAACAGAACCACCCUUGAGGCCUUUUCAGUCCCAAUGUUCCACAGUGGUCCUGAUAAAAAUGGCUUCCACCUGGGCAUUAGAAGGAACUUGGAGCACGUGUUUGGGAAACAGAAAAAUCUUUGGUUAAUUCCGGUCUUCACAAGUAUUGGAGACGGACUAUCUUUUCCAAUGAGAACUGUUUCUGAAUCUCAAAACCCUCUGCUGUCUAGAGAGAAUCAGUGGGAUGAUGAUGAUGAAGGCACAGAUGAGGAAAAUCCAGUUUCUCAUGAGACCUCACACAUCGCUAUAGAAAUGGACACAUAGUUACUGGCACAGUUGAAGCUGAAAAUGCAAAGUUAAGGGGUCAGAAUACUGGGACAGUUUCCACAUUGCAUCCUGGAGCCAAUAUCCAGGCACCCUUGAUCCACAGGCAGACAUUGAACAGCUUUAGAACUCCAUCCCCAGGAGCCAGUCAGGCUGUGAUACUAUUGGACAAAUCUGCUUAUGUUGGGCAAUUAUUUGUUGGGUGGGAGAAAGGAAUAUAGGACCAAUUGUUUUUUCUUCUGCACUCUGAGAAUUCUUUCUAUGCAAGAGGAGUUUCAACACCAGAGUGGUUUUCAGUAUAUCCUUUUACUUUUUUGAUAUUCUAAUUUAUUUGUUGUUUAGCCAAUUGGGCUCUUUGUCUAAAUACGGUUUACUAGUAAUAUUUGAUGCUGGAGGAUUAUUUUCAUCUCGUGUUUCCUGAAGGUAUUUUACUCUGUAUGUAAAACACUGAGAAGCUGUUCUAGGCACAUAAAAGACUGGAGGACAUUUUCUGGAGUUGUAAUUUAAAGUUUGCACUGUAAAAUCAUGCAUAUGAUAGCCAAAUUGUCCCACAGCCUCAUGAUCCCUCUGUUUACCAGCUUUGUAACUGCUCUGAAGAGAAAGAUGACAACCUUCAGGCUUAAUCCCUUGGAGUUUAAAAUGCAAACUGUGCCUGGGAACAUGGUUCUAACUUUUAACAUUCACAUAGGUGGUGUGAGAAAGGGAGAUUAUAAAGCUAUGAACGUUUUAUAAGAAUGUUGGUCAUUCCUGUAC